GCUAUAAAAUUACUUCGCCAGUCACUGGACAUUGCCCAUGAGACCAUAAUGCUGAAGGAAGGUGGUUUGACUACAUUGUGUGUGGCUCUGGUCUGCCCCCUCCAGGACACCAACCAGUACACGAUCUGUGUUGUCAAUGUUGGAGAUAGCUUUGCCUUUAUUAUGAGCAAACGCUGGGGGUUACGGGAAAUCACGGUCGGAUCUCACGACAUCCAAUCAGAACGUGAUCUCAGAGACGCGGGCGGGGCGUUGGGUCCUGUGGAUGGAAAGAACCCAGAGCUUAACAACCUGACCUGUUCCAUGACCUUUGUUGACCCUGGAGAUGUGGUGUUCCUGACAACAGAUGGAAUCUCAGACAACUUUGACCCGGUUGUGACUAAAAUAGCUCAGGCAGCAAUUUCCCCUACUGUAGCGAGCCCCUCAGAGAAAAAUGACUCAAAUAUUGCUGAAACUGGAAACAAAGAGAUUUGUAACUCAAAACCUGCUGUAGAUCCAACAAAACCAGAAAUGUAUCCCCACGAGAGGCAUCACUAUUCUGUGAAGGAAAUGGAGAGGACGAUUCACGAGUACGAACUGCUCACGGAGGCACCAUGCUCUGCACAGGAAUUGUGUGGAGCAAUCGUACAGCACGUGUGCGUGCUCACAGACCCCAAACGUAAGGUGCUGGAGGAUCCCACGUUAUUCAUCAAAAGGAAAAUGAAAGCAAAAGACAAGAAGAAAAGAGACGCAGAAAUUGUUGCCAAAAUGGCGCGGGCUCCAGGCAAGCUGGACCAUGCCAGUAUAGUGGCGUAUGAAGUGGGUGUGUACCGGGGGGAGGACGAGGAAAACACAGACUAUGGGGGCGUGGCAACCAGUCAGGGAAGCAAUAGGGGGGACACACUGGAAGAACCCCCUCCAAGUCCGAGACUUUACGAAUCUACAGUGUAAAUCAUCUUAGUACUUUGAAAUUUAUGUUAUGUGUAUAUGUGUAUAAUUCUUUUUAUAUACUGAAGCUGUCACUUCGUGUAACUUAACGUAUUUAAUCUAAUAGUGGAAGAUAUGAUAUUUUCUUGUUGUAAUCGGUAGACCAGUUUCUUGCCCGGUAACUGUUAGUCUUGUCAGUCAAAGUGUCACCAAGGAGACCCCAAUGGCCGCAGCAACUACACACUGAAUUUCAACUAAAAUUGAUUUAUUCUAUUUUUCCAAGUUCCAUUAGUUUGUGUAUGAAAUCUUGACAUAAUUAUUUUGGAUUUGCAUCUAAAAGUUGGUCUUAUUAUUAAGUGAACUAAAAUGCCCGAAGACACAAAGUACUAGAAGUGAAGUGUCUGAAACCUGUGGGUAAAUGCUGCAACUUUGACUUAUUGUAUGCAUUCAGUGAAAUGGUCUGAAAAGAUCUCAAGAGAUAGAAAGUCUCAUCUCUGGCCAAUUUCCAAACACAUUUUGUCGUUUACCAUUUGUUUGUGGAGAAUAGCACUAGAUGUGGAGUCUUUCCUCAGAUAGAGUGAACACUUUGACAAGCAAGCCCCCAACCUCAACCUCGGCCACAGUAGCCAUGUUGUCAUCCCUGUUUUAGCUUUGAUAAAUCAGCAUUUUAUAUCAUGUAGAAUAUUUUUCUUUAAAUUCACAAUUUUUUAUCAUGUAUUAAAGAGAUCUGGGAUCCUGCUGAAUUAUUUUUACUAUUAUUAUUUGACACUUGUCUAACUUGCUGCUGAUACCUCCAAGGUCAGGAUUAUGCUAGGGCGGGGCCAUACCACAUUAUAUAGGGGCCAGAGUUGAGGUCCAUGUAUUACUUGUGAUACUCUGGGUUAACUAGUACUGAUACUGCAGAGAGCCCUACAACCUCAGUGUGUGUGUGUGCACAAACCUAGUAAUACUAGUCAUGUUAGUAAUUAACAACACAGGCAAACAAUAUUAUGUCCAAUUUUUUUUUUUUUUUUUUUUUUUUUUUUUUUUAUAGUGUAAAGUGGAAACAACAUCGUUUCUUUUCUUCAGAUAAACUGUAAUAUUGAAGGUACUGUCAAAGACGGUGUUUAUGUCAGUACAAGCCAAGAGUGCAUUCAACUGACAUUCUGAUAUUUUAUGGGUAAAAUGGUGUCAUUAGCAGUCUCCACUUUAAUAUUUUUAUGUGCGAUCUAUUAUACAGAGAGCAUCAGUUGUUCCUGUAUUUGAACCUUUUGUUAUCUUUAAAAUGUUGUCUUCUGUUCAUGCCAAUUAAAAACUAGCUGCAGCUGACAUAGGUGCCAGUAGCAGGCGUCUUCAGAGAAGGGGGAACACUGGAGUGGUUCUCUCCAUAGUGUAUCAGAGUUAACAUACUGUUAUAAUGUUGCUGGUGACAUGCUCUCUACAGAUUGUGCAAAUAUGCUUUUCAUGACAAGUACACAUCUCAUAGCUGGUGUACCAGUGAAAUAAAAAUGUCUGUAGGAUUGACCUUGUAUUGAGCCCAAAGGAUUGUUAAUUUAUAGUCAGAUGUAUUAAUUUUUGUUUUCAUUGUUGUCUGCUUCCUUCAGUCAUAUUAGUUUUACAAAUAAGCUGAUUUCUUUAUUGUUUUCUUUUGUAAUUUUUUUAUGCCUUUAUAGUGACAAUAAAUCACUAUAGAAAAUCAAAUUUACAGUGAUUUUAACAUUUGCUGGAAAUAACAGAUGACCCUCACGCCACUUAACAUUUCAAAUUUGCAAAUUAAAUUUAUCAAGUGUAGGAAGGGACAUAUAUUGACAAAAAAAAAACCUUGAAGUGAGGGGACUGCAUUUUCUACAUUUUCCAUGUACUAGGGCAUAGAGAGACUGUGCCCUCCCCUUUUAUUAACAACUGCUACAAUUUAGAUUGUAAAACUGUGAUGUAUUAAACUUCCUGCAGUGGGACUCUUGUGAAACCAACAUGGGCAUCAAAAUGCUGGAAAUUCUGAACUUUGAGAAAAUAGCAAAUGCAGCCAGAAAUGAAGACCAACGGCUGAGAAGCACAAUGCAUGUACA